AUGGCCUUCUACACAUUUGACAUGAUAUUAGGCGGCGCAUGUACUACCUUUGCCGUCAUCGCCAUUUUCCUGCAUCUGCUCAACCAUGCGACACACCUGAGCGUGCCUCGUGAACAGAUAAAGAUCAUGAGAGCCGCUCUUCUUGUGCCCUCCUACUCCGUCUGCUCCUUUCUCUGUAUCUGCUUUCCCAAGGCCGCGGUAUAUCUCCUCCCGUGGCUCGACGCCUUCCAGGCCAACUGUUUGGCCACCUACUUCCUCCUCCUCUGCGAAUAUGUGGCGCCCGACGACCCCGGGAGGGACCUCUUUUUUUCUACUAUUGAACUGAAGGACAAGAGGGCGCAGAAAAAAAUGAUGAACGGCGCGAAAUGGUUCCGACAACGCUGGAUUUGCAUCUUUCAAUAUGUCCCCGUUUCGUUCCUCGUCGCCAUCACAACCGUUGUGACUGAAAGGUUCGGCGUCUUUUGCCAGUACAAGAUCCAGCCAGCUUUUGCCAAACUAUGGCUCACCGUCAUCAACAACAUCUCGCCGGCUGUUGCCUUCACAUCAGUGGUACUAGUCGCAUUAAGCAUGAAGCCUCAUAUGCCGCAGCAUAGGCUCAUUGCGAAACUUCUUGCCGUUAAACUCGUCGUCGGCUUGGGCUUUGUUCAGAGGAUUAUCUUCUGGAUACUCGAAAGUACCCCAGCGCUGAAUCCUACUGAUAAGCUUACUUACGCUGAUUUAAACAUCGGCAUCCCGGCUCUUCUCAGCUGCCUGGAGAUGGUCCCCAUCUCUCUCCUCGUUAUCUGGGCGUAUCCUGUGGGACCUUACAAGUAUGGACUGUCUGGCGAAGGCUGCGAGCGAGAGCCUGAAGCACACCCUCCUAGGUCGUACCAGGGAGGAUUCCUCGGAGUCAGGGCAUUCAUCUCUACGGCGAGCCCCCUCGAGACCAUCAAGGGCGUCGUCUUUGCAUUUAAGCUGCUCGUAAAGCGAGGACCUUAG